GUCUCUUGCGGACAAUAUCAAUUACCGUAUGCAUUCUACGGUAUCCGUGGAGUCCAUCAUAGCAUGGUGUUCAGAAGCUGGCCUUCAGACCUAGUAAAGUUUUAGAAAGCGAACCUUAUAGUAUCAUAUCCAAUGGUCUUCGCUCGGGUUGGGUUCAAACCGAACCCGACCGUGUCGGGAAUAAUUUCUAGCAGUCCCGGGCCGCAGAACAAUUUGUAACUACUUUCAACUUAUAUUUCGCGUUCGCUCACUGUCUAGCUCAUCACGUAUCUUGCGCUACCACGUAUACCUUGAUGGCCAUCACCCGUGGACGAAUACCAUUGAACUUUCUUGAGUCACUGAUUCAAUGCCAGCAGUCCGACGGACUCCGACCAUAUCCAACAUAUGACUUUACAUCAGUAUAAAACAGACAGUACCAACAUUCAAGUGGCCAACCUCUAUCAACUGAUUAUCAUGUUUAUUCGCCCCUCUACUGUUCUCGUUGUGCUCCUCGGCCUGACGGCCCUUGUCAGCGCUGGAGCGCCGGUGGAUGCUAGAGCAAAGGCCCUUGAGGAUGAGAAGCGCAAGACUCCCCCUAUAAGCCCUGCCUCACCUUAAACCAUACCAUAUUCUCAUACAAUAUCCACAGGCUGCUAGAAAGACUGCUCCCCCUGCUGCUAGAGAGAUUGCCAUUGAGGACGAG